AUGCAUUGCGAAGCUGUUGUAAAUCGAGCUCGUGAUCGGAUUCAUCUGCAUCCUGGGGGUUGUCCAAAAAGUCAAAGCCAGAAGCGCGAGUUGGAUCGAAGGUGCGGAGGAAUGACAUGGGUGACGGUGGUGUGGGCGGCUCGUCAUCCUCGUACAAUAACGGGGACGCGCAUGAGGUGGCCACCACACGCGGUGCAUCGAUAUUUCGUCGGCCUCUUGUGUUGUGUCAAACACAAGAUGUCUGCAAGUCAAGACGGUGGAUGGGGGUUGGUGUCAUUUGGCUGGCCUGCAAAGCGCUCACGGGCCGCCCACAGCCCAACCUUGUGUGCAUGUGGUCAUGAAAGGCAGAGACCGCCCGCUGGCUGGCGAUGA